AUGGCAAACCGCGGCGCAACAUGGGACCCCGAUGUCCAUACCAUCCGUGAUCUGAUGGAGUUGGGCAGCAAGAAGCUCCCCAAGAUGUACAGAGAUUACUACAAUGAGGGCGCAAUGGAUCUCGUAACACUCAAGGAUAACGAGGAGGCAUACAACCGAUACAAGAUAAUGCCGCGUAUUCUCGUCAAUGUUGACAAUAUCGACAUGUCUACCUCGAUCUUUGGAGCCAAGGUUUCAUUUCCUUUGGGCUUCAGUCCGGCUGCGAUGCACAAGAUGGCACACCCAGAUGGCGAAAUCGGAACGUCGCGUGCUGCAGCAAAGAUGAAUGUUUGCAUGGCCCUCUCUUCCUAUGCCACCGAGUCGAUGGAGAACGUGGCAGCCGAAGGCGCUGGAAACCCAUAUGUCAUGCAGCUGCAGGCACAUCAUAUCUUCUGCAAGCAUUCAUUGAAGACGCUAACAAAUUUGACAGCCUCUGGGUACAAGGCUAUCUUCCUGUCUGUCGAUACCCCGCUGCUAGGCCGCCGCUUGAACGAGUACCGAAACAACUUCUGUCUACCUGACGGCAUUGAGUGGCCCAACCUCUUGUCCGAUGGAAAGAGCGAAUUGAGCGGCGACGAGAAGGACAGUCAGUCUUCCAAUCGGCAUGAUUUUGAUCCUUCGCUUGACUGGGACUCGGCGAUUCCAUGGCUCAAGAAGCACACCAAGCUCCAGCUAUGGCUGAAGGGUGUUUACACCCCCGACGACGUCGCUCUCGCAAUCAGACACGGCCUCGACGGUGUCAUCAUCUCGAACCACGGCGGCAGGCAGUUGGAUGGUGUCCCUGCCACGCUGGAUGCUUUGCGCAUCUGCGCUCCGGUGGCGGCGGGCAAGAUUCCGAUCGCUGUCGAUGGCGGUAUCCGCCGCGGUACUGAUAUCUUCAAGGCACUUGCCCUUGGAGCGUCACACUGCUUUGUGGGAAGAAUACCCAUUUGGGGUCUGGCGUACAAUGGGCAGGAAGGCGUUGAGCUGGCGCUCAAGAUCCUCCAGUACGAGCUCAAGGUUGCUAUGGCUCUCGCAGGAACCCGAACCAUUGCCGAAAUUUCGAGGGGUCAUGUGGCAUAUCUAAACGGUAGCGGUGUUUUGGCGAAGCUCUAG